CUGAAGUCACUUCUUGCUCAAGCUCUGGAAAGGCUCAGGUAAGAAGUGUCUCCACAGCCAGAGCACUAGUCUCCUAUGACCAGGGCAGCCCUGAGAAAAUGCCACAGCACAGGAAGAAGAGGGCACAUAUGUCUGUCACUGUCACCACUGGGCAGUAGCCCCUCGGUAAAUGGUGGCUGUGCUAAGAUCAUUUGCUAUUAAAAUUUAGUAGUCUAUCUGAUGGUGAGGGGACACCACCGUGCUCAUGACUCUUGUUCUGGCUGUAAUCACAUCCUGGUCCCACCUCAGCAGAUGGCUGUUAGGCAGAAAGUGGCAUUAAAGGUCUCUCUUUCCUCCGUUACUCCUGGACUGUUUCCAGUAGAACUAAGACAUGGCAGAGCAGCAGGCAGCAGGGGUGACCCUGUAGCCUACACGGGCAGGAGGUGGGGGGGCUUUCAGGGGAAGCUGCUGCUUGCUGUCUUAGGUUUCUCAUGGUGCUGUAUUAAGAGCAAGUUCGUUAGUUCCAGCAGUGCCUGUCCUCAGCUGUGCUGCAGCACUACACACCACUCCUAAAAAGCAGGGCAGCUGGGAGGUGCAUGCAGCUAAACCCACCAAACUUAGUUUACUGCAAAUCAUUUAUACUUCAAUUAAGCGUUCAAAAAUAGAAAGGGAAAAAGCUGCCCUCUGCCUAGCCUCAAAUACUAUCUGGGACAGAUAAUGACCAUGCAAAUUUACACACACACACACACACACACACACACACACCUACCUGCCGUGCAAGUACAAAAACGCUUAAGUUGAAUCAUGUUGAAACAGUUAAGGGUAAAAAUAGACCACUUAGGCCAGGGAAAUCCUCUGCCCAGUUAAGGGCAUUGGGGAUUGAAGAUAGCUCAGCCUCGCUUGCAAGCCAUCAAUCUCCUGAGCUAAAGGAACAGAAAAGCAUGACCCUUGAUUUCACUCACAGCUGGCAAUGUGUUACCUCCCUUAGCUUGGCGGAUAGGACUGGCCUCUUCCUAAGGGUGAGCAAAGGAGCCACACAGACACACUCUGAGAUCUAGCAGUUAACAUCCACCACCACCCUGCCAGGGAGAAAGACUGAAAGCAUGGAGGAGCUGUCGUGGCCAAACACCUCCAGUGACUAUACCUUGAGAAGCCAAGAGCCCUGUGCUCAAUGCUGUCAGCUCAGGGUGGUGGUGAGGGGACGGGGACCUUUUAAGGAAACUUUAACUUGAGUGGGCUGCUCUUCUGCCAGGACUUUCCGGCCUCUAAACAUAAGCCGAUCCACAGAUGGCUGCAAGUCGGUCUGGAUCCUGACACCCGCCCUCCCCACCCCCAGCCUCAGCACCACUUGUUGGCCAAAAAUAAACACCAUUCCUCAACCAUAUAUGUCCACCAGUCCUGACGUGGGGAGGAGGCGGGAGGCAGGUCAGACCCUGGCCGGGCACACUCACGUGCGGCGGCCACUCGCCAUGCACAUAACCCAGCUCAAUCGGGAGUGCCUGCUGUGCCUCUUCUCCUUCCUCGACAAGGACAGCAGGAAGAGCCUCUCCAGGACCUGCUCCCAGCUCCGAGAUGUAUUUGAGGACCCCACCCUCUGGCCCCUGCUGCACUUCCAUUCCCUCGCAGAGCUCAAGAAGGACAACUUCCGGCUGGGCCCUGCACUGCGCAGCUUGUCUAUCUGCUGGCAUUCCAGCCGUGUGCAGGUGUGCAGCAUCGAGGAUUGGCUCAAGAGUGCCUUCCAGAGGAGCAUCUGCAGCCAGCAUGAGAGCCUGGUUAAUGAUUUCCUCCUGCAGGUGUGCAACAGGUUCAUUACCCCGGGAGCCUCUUCGGCCCCCAGAGUCCACCAUGCAGAGCUCCCAGCCCCUGGGAGGAUCAAAGGCACACAGCAGUCUCUCCCAGAGACUAAACAGCUCCAGCAGACGCAGGGGACAGGGGGCCCUGACUGCAGCCCUAGACUUUGGGACUUCCUGGCCGCCCCCUCCAGGGUAGGACUCCCGCACCUCCGCCCUGUGUCACUGCGUUCUCCCCGCAGCGCCGAGCACAGCGCGGCCAUGAUCCCCGACCAGCCGCCGCUCGCGCGCGGGUGUGCUGCCUCGGUUUCCCCGGCUGCACCUGGGGGCCAAUGCCUCCCUCACGCCACGAGUUCCUGUGGAGGACGCGCGCGCAAUUAAAGGAGCGGAUGCUUGUAAAAACAUUCGGUGGUUCUUUUUAACGUCCGCCCGGACCCCGCGGGUGCUGCCCGCGCGCGCUCACUCGCCUCAGCGGCGGGACCGCGCACUAGGCUGGCGAGGAGCCUCUGAAGGGCGGGAGUAAGAACUCGAGGCUGGGGCACACACCGAAGUAGGAGGCACAAGCCAUUCUAGAAAAACUCGCUUCGUCCCUGCAUGACUGAUAGUUACCAGUAUUUCUCUUACGGUUCUCACGAGGGAAAAUGCAUCACUUAAAAAAAAAAAAAGACCAGUAUUUAAAGAUAAAAGCAGUAGCUCUAGUUAAGUGCUUGGAUAUAGUUGAAAGAAAAGACUUUUAUUUUCUAGAUUUGCUGGCCCUGGGCAUGCACUUCAGGUCAGUUUCACUUUAGUCGUCCUGUCUCCAUGAUCAGGGCCUAGACAGGGACGGAGCAAGCAGGGUAAAGGGCACAGCUCGGAGGUGGGUAUGAAGCUCAGCGGGACUCCUCCCACCGCCAGCUGUAAUCAAGACUCAGCCAUUUAUCUGCAGCCAGGUUUUUCAGUUUUCUGUGAAAUGCUUUCCCGAUUCUGACCCACGGGUUCUUUAAUUUGUUCCCAGAUGGGAAACAGCAAGAAAAAGACAAAAAAUCUGUUCUGCUCCCACGGAGCCUCUAUUCUAGUAGAGGCAGUAAUUAGUCCAGAAGGCGGCUUGUGGGGUAGGAUGGGGAUGACUCCCCACCACCAGGGUUGGUGGCAACUCUGGUGGUGGGGAGGCACUCAGAAGGGGUUGACUUCAUCUCAUGAAGGUGACACUUGAGCCAUGAAUCGAGCCAGGGAGCCCAGCAAGCCAAAUGGAAAGUGUUACAGGCCAAUAAACUUCAGGGCGCCAAACACUGAUGGGGUGUUAGCAACAGCGAUGAGACCAGCAUGGCUGGGAAGGGAUGAGAGGAGUUGAGAACAGGAUGGAGGGAGCAGUGAAGGGCAGAUUAUGGGAAGGAUUAAAUGAGCCCUUGGGGAUCAUCUCAUGGCAGUAGGAAGCAGCACACCAAGCACAGGGAAAGCCAAUGAAGUUCAAUGAACAAAGUCCAGGCAGAUACAGCAAUCCCACUCUCUCUGGGCAGAGCAAAUCUGCUGUCAAAGGCCUGAGCCCACAGGGUUAAGGCGUUAUUUCCAACUAAAAUAAGCUGAAGCCUGCAGACUGCACACCUCAGCUCAGCGGGAGAGAAAGCACUGCUGUCACUGGGAGUUAACACAGGAGUCAAAGGGACCUUAACCUCAUCAGCACAGAGCCUUACUCUCUCAGGGGAAACUCCUCUGGCCCAGAGGCCCAGGCAGGGCCUUCCUACCUCAAGCCCAGAAUUAAGGACUUGUCUUUAUCCAGAAGGCCCUGGUGUCCCCCAGAAACUUCAAUGUUUCUCUAAGGCCCAAUUCCAUGUGAAAACUUCAAUAAAAUGAUGCCAUGAUUAUCUGCUUUUCACUGUGAUUCAUGCACUACUUAUCAUGGCUGGCAGAACCUCAUUUUUCUUUCAUGUUCUCUGAACACAAACACUGCCUUUCUACUGAUGAAUGACUACCUUCCCAUUUCUCUGCCUGGUACCUUAUUUCCCUUGACUCCAUGGGACACAGACCUGGUAGGAAUAAAAGAGACAAGCUGCCCACAGACUUCCAACUCUUUUUGGUAUACUGCAGAAGCCUCACAGCCACCUAGAGGUGGCCCCUCUGUCCCCAACAUGUUCAGAUGCCACUCUAGCACAGAUGGGCAAUUACCAACGACCCAUGGGGGGGGGCUCAAGCACCAAGUGGGGCUUUCUCAGUCCCUCACACAAUUCUCUCCCAUACAGAUACUAGCGCUCAUAUGAAUUCACGGCACUUAUUUAUGCUUGCUGAGUCCCUGCAGGUACACAGCUGUCCCUUCUGGACCACGCUUUCCGUUGAUGUCCUUUGGUACUAUCGCUCGCUCAUUCUGUCUCCUCUAGUUCUUACCACAUGGCAUUGGCACAGAAAUGCUGUCUCACACCGGAUGUGCUGAAGCUUUGCAGGAGGAGGGGUGGUGCCAGAAAGCUCUGUUCCAGAGUGAGGAAACAAAACGAGUCACCCAGGAUGCCAGCAGAACAAAGGGAAGGAGGCAGCCAGGCCCUGGCGUCUCCCACCACUGUGACCCUCAGUAGUAUCUUUUUCAGAUGAAACCUGCCCCAGUUUCUGAAUAGCCAAAGAGCUUCAAAGUGACACUGGCUGAACAGUAAAGCUCAUGCCAUCUGGGCUCAUGUCUGCCUCAACUCCUAGCCC